GACAUGCCCUGGCUUGGGUCAGACAGCGGAGGUGACAGACCUCUGCUGGCCCCAGUAAUGAUGGCGAUGUUUCACGACAAGGUGGAGACUGAGGACUUCCAACAUGAUGAGGACUCAGAGAAGUACUUCUACCCCUGCCCAUGUGGGAGUAACUUCUGCAUCACCAAGGAAGAUCUGGAGAAUAGGGAAGACGUGGUAACGUGCCCUAGCUGCUCUCUCAUUAUAAAAGUGACUUAUGACAAAAAUCAGUUUACAUGUGGAGAGACAGUCCCAGCCCCUUCCACCAACGAAGAACUAGUUAAAUGUUGAAGAAGACUUUAGGACUCCAAAGCCUGAACUUUGGGGAAUGAGCCAAGAUGGAAAACUCAAAUGCAAAGUCACUGACUUCUUCAUGGUGACAGUCAUUUUUUAGUUUGCUGGUCCAUAGAGUGUGGAUUCUUCCCAUUGGCUGCCAAGUUGAAGAAGCAAGUCCACCACAUGACAUACCUGGAUUUUAUGCCGAGAACUUUGAAUUGGACGUGCUCUUAAAUUUCCAUCCAAACUUAAAGAAGAUAAUUUCAAAUCAGUGCUUUCUUUCUCUCAGUUUUGUUAUUUUUAUAUCUUACACCUAAUUACUUCAUUAUCUGAUAACAGCUUCAUCUACCUCAAAGUCAUUAGGAUUCUUUAAUUUAAAAAGAG